AUGGCAAGGCUCACUAAAGAUUCCGACUACAGUGCUGGCGACAAUCUGGGAAUUUGCCAAGCCCAUGGUCCGGCUCUGGAAAUAAUCAUUCAUACUAUGUGCUCCGGACAAGUUGCGUUCCUCCAGGUCACCCUGACAAUACUACCAAUUUAUGAAAACAAGGUCGAACAACUUCUAUACAACGAAAAGAUACCGCUAUCUUUUUAUCCUUUUAUUUGGUGCUUAAUCAGAGUGGAAUCCAUCAAAACGGUACUGAACAAGUUCAUUUCUAAUCACAUGCAUGCAGUUCGUCAUAAGUUGCGAGUUUUCCGUCAAGACUUUGAGGAGGAAAUGCAGAAUCUGCGCGAUUCAGGCACUGCUUUGGCUGGAACCUUUCGGCUAUUUACUGAGGGAGGAAAUUAUGCAAUGGCUGAGAUUGCGACGUACCAGGCUCAAUUAGACCGUAUUUCGGGUCUAAUUACUAACUGUGAGGUCGAUGAAUUAGGAAAACUAGAGCAAGCGGAACGCCGAAGACAAGAGGUGGCGGAGGCGCAGCUUGCACUUUUCGAGGACAAAGCACGCGUUCAUCUGGCCGAUCUAUCUUAUGCGGAGCGUGUGCUACGAGCCGUCACGAAUGCCCAAGUGCGGAUAAAAAUCCAAGUGUGUGACAGCAACAGUCAAGCAAGGCGAUUUGAUGAUGGACUGAUGAAAUUCGAGUUAUUAAUCGAUCAGCUUGUGCAGCAUCUGAGAAUUACUAGCUCUGCUGAAAAGAUUGGAGAGACAGCCGAUGAAUCCCCCUCUCAUCAGGUUCAGCUCAACGAAUUCACGGCCUUAGUUAUGGCUGCGUUGGCUCAGCUCUGUACAGAAGCCGCUGACCGCUGCAUCUUCCUUAACUGCCUCCGUUCACAGACGAGAGCUGAUCUAGAUGAAUCGGUUUUCGCGGAUUGUUCUACCUUACCUGAGACUCCUGCUGUCAACGAAGGGAUUUUUUCAGGUUCGAGCCCUAUAGUUGGACCCACUACUUUACGAAACGCAAUGCCUAAGGAACAAACUAGCCAGCAAAAAUCGGGAAAAUCUGCGGAUCAACAGGACAGAAGUCGGGGUCAACUGGUUACAGAGAAGUCCAUAUUGCGGAAUACUUGCUCCGAAAAGAAGGGAUCGAAUGACAUAGCGGAGGUAGGGCCAGGCGGCACCAAGAAUCUGCUUAGUAAAAUUCAGGUACGACACUAUACACUUAGUCGUUUGAUACUUUUGUUUGUGCUGGCUUAUAACUUAAUUUGUUCUUCAUACCUUUUUUUCACAUUUCAAGGCUAA